AUGCAUUUUUAAAGAAUUCAAGUGCUAACACAGAAUUCCUAAUUAAGGAUCAUAUUGAAAAUUGAAUGGAUGCAAUAAAAAUAAUAAAUAUUAAAGUAACUAAAUUUAUAUUCAAUUUAAGGUUUUCAUUUCUUUAAACACUAAUGUAUCAAUUUAAGAAUAAAAGGUGUAAGAAAAUAGGGAAACGAAUGGAUUUUAAUAAAAAAAAUAUUGUUUUUGUAUUACUGAACCUUUUAAAUAUUGGAACAAUCGCUGUUGAAUUAAUGUAUUCAAACUCUCAGUACAAUGUGUCCUUAAAUAGUGUAGAAAUUAUGUUUUCUCUAAUAAUUUAAUAUAUAUAUUGAACUUUUUUUAAUUUAUUAUAUAAUUUCUUAUUAAUCACAUCCUUUAACUUGGGAGAGCCUAUUGCUUUCUUAUGCAUAGAUCUGAGUGCACUUAGAUAUAUUAUAAAAUACUUGUUUGUUUAAUUACUGGACCAGGUACAUGGAAUAAUUAUAAAUUCUUUACAACAAAGAAAUUUAAUAAUUGGAAAAAAGAAGGUGUAGAAUUUGUUUGCCAGAUCUAUCUUGAUUGAGAUUUUUGAUUGUGUAUUUCUUUAAAUUUUUAGAUAAUUAAAUUUUAGUAAACAUCCAUAGGUCUGCUUUGUUGCUAAUUGCUUUGCUUGAAUUUCCGUAGUUAAUAAUAAGUGUAAGGGAGAUGAAAAUUAUGCUUUAUUAGGCAAUUUGAAUAGCAACCAACCCUUUUCUGAAAGAAUUUGGGGCAAAAAUACUCAACGAAUGGGACACAGUAUGGAU